ACACACAACAAACAACAUUGUACGUAAUCUGUGUUCCAAGAAAAUGGGCACAGUAGAAGGCUCUAAUGAAGUACCUCUUCUUCUUUCAACUAAAGAAGAUGACAAUGAUCAUGACACUAUUUCAUGCACUAAUGAAACAUCUUUAUUACUAAAAUUUACAAAAUUGGUUCUUAAAUUUGCAAUGUGGAAAAUUUUCAUCAUUUGGGCUGCUUUCUUGUUUUUCCUUCCAUUAGACCCGGUGAACGAAUUGUAUACGAAAGCCGUUUAUGCUACGAAUGGAACUCUUUUUGGGAUCACAGGAAGCAUCUUUUUGAUAUAUAGUGGUCCAUUGCUUAUCAUUGCGGUUUUGGCUAUAAUUUAUCUGAGGAUAUCUGGAGAAGAAGUUAUUCAAGAGAAAAAGAACAAAAGUGCAAGUUUUCGAUUAUGGACAUUUCCGGUGAUCAUAGAGGGCCCGUUUGGGGUAGUUACUGCAGCCGAGUUGAUUGGGAUUCUAUUGUUUGGUGUUUAUAUCAUUUGGGCUGUUGCGGCUUAUACAGUCAAGAAUAUCGGUUUGUUGCCCUUGUUUAAAGUCACUGAUGCAGGACAAAGGAAUCUUGUAUUGUUAGAACUAACAGGACUGCGCUUCGGGUUUAUUGGAUUGAUUUGCCUGGUAUUUUUGUUUCUGCCAGUUGCAAGGGGGUCGGUUCUUUUACGACUUAUAGAUAUCCCUUUUGAACAUGCAACGAGAUAUCAUGUAUGGUUAGGGCAUCUCACAAUGGCGCUCUUCGCUCUUCACGGUCUUUUUUAUGUGAUUGCUUGGGCCAUCCAAGGGCGUUUAAUACAAGAACUUACAGAUUGGAAAAAAGUUGGAAUCUCUAAUCUUCCUGGAGUGAUCAGUCUAAUAGCGGGUCUGUUUAUGUGGGUCACAUCACUUCCGCCAGUUAGGAGGCUAAACUUUGAACUAUUCUUCUACACACAUCAACUAUACGUUGUUUUUGUUAUCUUCUUUGCAAUGCAUGUUGGCGACUUCAUUUUCAGUAUAGCUGCUGCUGGAAUUUUUCUGUUUAUGAUGGAUCGGUUUCUUAGAUUUAUACAGUCACGAAAGACUGUGGACAUACUCUCAGCCAAAUGCCUUCCAUCCGGGACUGUGGAACUAGUUAUUUCGAAACCAGAGGGCUUACAAUACAAUGCUCUUGGUUGGGUUUUCAUUCAAAUUCGAGAGUUAUCAUGGUUGCAGUGGCACCCAUUCAGUGUGUCAUCUAGUCCUCUAGAUGGCAAACACCAUCUUGCUGUUCUUAUAAAAGUCCUUGGAGAUUGGACUGAAAAACUAAGAGGACGUAUCGCGAGUGUUCCUGGAGAGCAAGGCGAAACAGAUGGUCUACUGCAGCCAAAUAUCACACUCAAAGCGUCCAUUGAGGGACCUUAUGGGCACGAAUCACCAUACCACUUAACGUAUGAGAACCUCAUUUUAGUUGCUGGUGGCAUUGGAAUUUCACCUUUCUUGGCUAUCUUGAGCGACAUUCUUCACCGUAUCCGGGACUCUAAGCCAUGUAUGCCUAAAAAUGUAUUAAUAGUCUGGGCAGUCAAAAACUCAGAUGAACUUUCGCUUCUCCAAUCAGUAGACAUAAACUCACUGUGCCCAUUUUUCGACAAUAUACUAAAUCUUGAGAUUAAGACCUAUGUUACUCGAGAAUCAGAACCCCCACUGGAAGAGGGUAUGGUACCAAAAUACGCGAGCUCAUCUGUCUUUCCUGCUCCCACAAGUGGUGGCAUGUGUAGUUUGGUUGGAACUGGAAGUAUUGGUUGGUCUGGAGCUUAUAUGGUAGUAUCUACAAUAGGUUUGGUGGUUUUAGUUGCUUUGCUAGACAUCUUUUACAUCAAUCCUUACAACAUUACACAUUGGGCGUAUAAAGGCAUUCUGUUUAUAACAUGCAUGGCUGCAAGUGUUGUUCUUUUUGGUGGUUUUGUGAUCGUUUUAUGGCAUCUUUGGGAUACUAAAACUUCAGCUGGGAAGAACACUGAUGCUGAAAAAACAAUUAGUGACUUGCAGCAAGAUAAGUUUAGCGCAUACAAGAAUCCAUCAACAGAAAGGUUUCUUCACACAAUAAAAUAUGGUCAAAGACCAAACCUCAAAGAAAUAUUUGGAAGCAUGGCAGACCGAUGGGGAAAUGUUGAUAUAGGGGUAAUGGUUUGUGGACCAACAGCACUUCAAACAAGUGUUGCUAAAGAAUGCAGAUCAAAGAAUUUUGGGAGGACACGUAAUGAGCCCAUUUUCCAUUUCAACAGCCACAGUUUCGAUCUAUAGGUACUACAACAAGAUGCUUGCAAUAGCGCCACAGAUGUAUUGUAUAUAUGGCUUAUAUGGGCUAGCGUUUGCAGAAAUAACAACUUUUUAAAACAUGUACAACUUUCGAUAGAAAGCUGGACUUGGCAUUUAUAUGCCUAUGAAAGGGAGAAGGUUAAGGUAAAAAGACAAGAAGGUGCUUCCCUCUUUUACUGAUAUAAUGUAAAUAUAGAUGCAAAUAUAUGAAUAUGUUAUUAUCCGACGGUUCUGCACCUAUCUGUUAAUGCAUAUGUCUACUCUGAUGUAGUUUUUAUUGUUCAUACUUUUCUAUUCUUUCUACAUAUGACCUGUUAAAUAUGAGAAAACCAAUCAUAGCAACAUCAAAGAAGGUCAAAUUCCAAGUUGAUCAAAGCUGUGAGGGUCGUUAAAAUCCAAGAUGAACAUAGUUUUGGGGACGGGCUGCAAGGUCUUCUAAUUAUACUACAAAUAAAAGAAAAACAUAAGAAGAAAGCAUUUGUUUCUAUGGAUUUUACCAUUGAAGAGUAAAUGUAACUGUUCAGUGCUUCUUAUUUUGUAAUAUUGAAAAACCAACACACGUUGGUUACUUUGGUA